AUGCGUCCUCUCUUUCCAGCGAUUGCAGGCGGUCCACCGGCGACGGCCCUGUCUCCUCGCGCCCGCUCCGAGGGAGACAGGCGCGGAGACGACAACGGAGACACAACCGGAGGCAAAAGGGAAGGCGAAGAAGCGCGCAGCGCACACGCCGAGACAGCAGACUGUGGACGCGAGGAAGUGGGAGAAGCAGACUGUUUCGAUGCCGAUUUCUACCCUCUUCCUGCCUCGCUCUGCCCCGGUCGAGGUUCCGAUCUCUCUUCUUCGGCUCUUUUUCUGCAGAGACGAGGAGGCAAAGAGGAGAGGCCAGGAGGCGAAGAGGAGAGGCCAGGAGGCGAAGCGACGGAGGGAGCGAGAUGGGGCAAGAACGAGGAGCCCCCGAGGGGUGUGGAGGAAGCCAAACUCCGCAGAGUCGAGACGGCCGUCGGAAGCGACGUGGCUGUCGCUGCAUCGUCUGUCGCGGCGCUCGCUGCUUUCCCUCCCUUUUCCGCGACUAGGGUUUUCUGCGAUGCCGACCAUCGGCCUUCGUCACCUCUCCUGUCUCUCUUUCCCUCACCUGCUCGGCUUUCCUCUCUGCCUCGUCCUGUGCCUCGGUCUCCUCGCUCCGCUGACGCCUCUGUCUCUGCCCACCUGCCGCCAGUGUUUCCGGACGCUCACUCUCUUGAGCUUCUUCCUGCGUCUUCCUGCCUAGCUGACCUGUUGUGCAGCUCCGCGCUUGCAGAUUUCCAGCCUUCUGCAGGCACGUCUCCGGAGUCUGGGGACUGCGUUCGAACCCGCGCAGAGCGCGACAGAAUGAUCGCGCAUCUGUUCCGGCCAAGGCCCCGUGAGGCAAGAAGAGAGAGAAGGAAGUAUCGACAGCCGUACGAGAAAGACGGUCUUCUUCGCAUGAUUUUAGGCGGGUGUCUGGGGAAACGCAUUGCGCUCGUGCUCGCGCAGGGCGGCGCGGUCGAAGGCCGCUUCGUCCGGUGUAUAGACAGACGCCACGUGUCUCGGCGGUCGUUGCCUUUGCCAUUUUUCCAGCGCAUGCAGGAGCGAGCGGCCGCCGGAGAAACCGACGGUGGAAACCUCCCAGGCACAGUCGGUCCCCUUUUUCUCGCAGGAAGGAAUCCACUCCAGUCUACGGGAACUGUCGGUUCGCCACCGCCGCCACGGGUCGGGAGCGAAGACAGAGACGUGAGACGACGCGCAAGGGAAUCGUCGCCAGCAGCGAGCGAUUCCCCACCCCCUGGACCGCCCCCAGUGGGGUGUACGUACAGUGGAAAGUGUGAGCGGGGCGCGGGUGUACAAACAGCUGCCUGGCAACGCGCUUCCGGCCCCGCGCCUCAGCAGAGAAGGAAUGGAACCGGAGGCGACCUGCGCAUGCGUAGGUUCCAGUGGCGACGCACGGUCUCGCGGAUCGUGCUCGAGGAAGCCGUCGUGUACAGACAUACAACAACAGUCUUUGCCGCAGCGCACAGCUCUGUCGUUUCAGCGGAGCACAGGCAAGCGAAGGCGCGAAGAGGAACGGCCGACAAAGGACGAAAGUGGCUUUCGGAGCAGGGGCUGGAGACGCGGGCGAGCUCGCCGGGGGCGUCCUCGGGCGUCCCGACACCGCGAGGGGAGAGACGAGACGGGAGAGAGUUUCUCGCCUCCGUCUGUGUGAAGGCCAGCGCGGUGGCGUUCAUCGUCGGGACCGCAGGAGACAGUGUGCGGGGCUUGGACGGUCGCGUGAAGAAGAAAUACGUCGACGCAGUCAAGAAUAAAGUUUUUGAUCGCACGCUGCGACUCGGCUCGCGCUAG